CUUGCGCUCCUCUCAGCGUGUGUGUGUGUGAGUGUGUGUGUGUGUAUAUGUGUGUGAGCGCGUGCGUGCGCGUGUGUGUGCUGUCAUUAUUACUAUCCAGUCUGCUCCCCCUGCUCAGAAUGGCCAGAUUCGCUCAGACUGAGACAAGACGGCAGCAGCCUCCCCCCCAGCAGCCCCAUCCCGCUCACUCCAGCCUGCUCUCCACCGGACCCGGGGCUUCACCGACCCAACAUCCACUCCUCCCUCUCCCGCACCAGCACCAGGGCGCCCAGACCCCUUUCCCCAAACCCAUGAACGGGUCAGAACCCAUCUCCAUUCAUCCGGAGAACGGCACCAUGAAAGACCAAGACGCCAUAAAACUCUUUAUCGGGCAAAUACCGCGGAACCUAGAGGAAAAAGACCUGAAACCCCUGUUCGAACAGUUUGGGAAAAUCCACGAAUUGACAGUGUUAAAGGACCGAUACACCGGCAUGCACAAAGGCUGCGCCUUCCUCACUUACUGUGCCCGUGAGUCGGCCAUCAAAGCCCAGAAUGCCCUCCACGAACAGAAGACGCUGCCAGGGAUGACUCGCCCCAUCCAGGUGAAGCCGGCCGACAGCGAGAGCCGUGGAGAAGACAGGAAGCUGUUCGUGGGGAUGCUGAAUAAACAGCAGACAGAGGAGGAUGUCUAUCGCCUAUUUGAGCCCUAUGGAGUCAUUGAGGAGUGCACCGUGCUAAGAGGCCCUGACGGAAACAGCAAAGGCUGCGCCUUCGUUAAGUUCUCCACACAUGCUGAAGCUCAGUCUGCCAUCAGUGCCCUGCACGGUAGCCAGACCAUGCCGGGCGCCUCGUCCAGCCUGGUGGUCAAGUUUGCUGACACGGACAAGGAGCGCACCAUCCGGCGCAUGCAGCAGAUGGUGGGCCAGUUCGGCAUCUUUAACCCGGCCAUCACCCUGCCCUUCAGCACCUACAGCAGCUACGCACACGCGCUGAUGCAGCAGCAGGCAGCCCUCAUGGCUGCCAGUCAUGGAGGCUACCUGACGCCCAGUGUGGCCUUCCCCACCACCCAGAUCCACCAGAUGGGGGCACUCAACAUCAACAGCCUCCCACCCACCCCUAUGACCCCGGUGUCGGGUGAGUUUCAUCAGACUCUGGCAGGUCUCAGCUCACCACCUGCAAACAUCACAUCUUCGGCCGUCCCCAGCAUCGUCACUCCAAUCGUCAAUGGCUUCACCGGCAUCCCACACCAGCCCAAUGGUCAUCCAGCAGUGGAGGCUGUCUACACCAACGGCAUGCCGCCUUACUCCACCCAAAGCCCCACUGCUGCUGACACGCUCCAGCAAGCCUUCACUGGGGUGCAACAGUACACAGCGAUCUAUCCGGCAACCACACUGACCCCUAUUGGCCAAAGCUUGCCACAGCCACCCCAGGUCAUCCAGCAGCAGCAGCAGAGAGAAGGUGAGGGGCCCGAGGGGUGCAAUCUCUUCAUCUACCACCUACCGCAGGAGUUUGGCGAUAACGAGCUCAUGCAGAUGUUCCUGCCCUUUGGAACGGUCAUCUCCUCCAAGGUGUUCAUGGACAGAGCCACCAACCAGAGCAAGUGCUUUGGCUUUGUGAGUUUUGAUAAUCCUGCGAGUGCCCAGGCAGCCAUCCAGGCCAUGAAUGGCUUUCAGAUUGGCAUGAAGCGAUUGAAAGUGCAGUUAAAGCGACCGAAGGACGCCAGCCGCCCCUACUGACACAGCACGAUACACACUGGGCUCUUUGCAACAACACAGGUUCAGAAGAGUGAAAUCUCAAAAGGAGUUAAAUUUUUUUCUUUAAAAAUAAAUAAAACAAGUUUUUAAAAAAAGAAGAAGAUGAAAGGGUUUUUUUUUCCCGAAGACAUAUCAGCAUUUACUUAAAGAAGACGUCCAGCAGAGCAGAGGUGCGAUGGAGACAGCGCCCCACGGACAAACUACAAGCAGCACAGUGCGAGAAAGACAUAAAAAAAGCAGGAACGUGGAGGGAAAAUCUCGAAGGACGAGGACUUUUAAGCUCCGGAACUUUUUUCCGCUGAGACUUGAGUUGUCAAUUACGCAACAAACAAAAAAGAAAAGAGCAGCAAGAGCAACAUAGAUUUCUAUAUACAUAUUAUAUACACAUAUGCUAUAUAACGGAAGAGGCGCUUCCAGCUUUUAAUUAUACUGGACUAAUGAGGGUUAUAACUUGAAGAUCAAGGGGAAAAAGAAGCAGUGGAUAAAAAGCUCUAUGCCACCGGCAGACUUUCUUUCUCUCUUUCCCUCUUUCCUUUCUUCUGUCACCGUUUCUCUCUCUGCAAGCGCGGAACUUUUGACCUUCUGUGGUUGCAGAGGUUUCCAUCACUCUACAGUGCAACUGACAAAAACAAAAAAAACAAAAAAAAAACCACACCUUUCACCCCAAGGGACCAAAGGACCAAACAU